AUGAAUAAUAUUUGGCUUGGCGUUGACGGGAGAAACUCUUCAACAAGUUCGGCACAAAAUGAAUGGCCAGUUUCUUAUCAUGGAACUGCCAAACAUAAUUGUAAAACAAUUGCUGAAGAAGGUUAUGAUUUGUGUAAGUGUAAACGAUUCGCAUUUGGGUAUGGAAUUUAUUCAACACCAGAUAUUGACGUCGCAUCUAGAUAUGCUACUAAAUUCACUCAUGAGGGAGAUAUAUAUAAAGUUGUACUACAAAAUCGAGUUAAUCCAAAUAAUUUGGUUAGAGUUAAAAAUGGUGUUGUUGAAUAUUGGAUUUCGCCAAGCGGAGAAGAUAUUACCAUGUCAAAUACCCUUUUAGCCGCAGCACUCAGUGCUAUUACAAAUUACAAUAUUAUUACCUACGACGACUAUUUAAAGGGUAAUAGAGGUAAUUGCAAAGAAUUGGACCAAAAUUCUCUACACCAUUCUCAUUUAGUUGGUGGUAGAGUACCCAAAGUCGAAGUUUCUCUCAGUCAACCUCAACCUUAUUUAGUUGAUAGUAGCGCACCUAAAGCCGAAAAUUAUAUCAUUCAAUCUCAUUUAGUUGGUGAUAAGGCACCUAACGUCGAAGGUUCUCUCCAACAUUCUCAUUUAAUUGUCCCUAAAGUUAUAUUCAUUAAAACGUUAGGAGGUAAAACUAUAACAAUAAAGACAGCAUUUACUACGAAAAUUGAUCAAAUAAAAUCGAUAAUUAAAGACAGAGAAGGUAUAUCACCAGAUCAGCAACGAUUAAUUUUUGCUGGUAAACAACUAGAGGAUGGACGUACUUUGAAUGAUUACAAUAUAAUAAAAGAAUCGACCAUACAUCUUGUUUUGAGAUUGAGAGGUGGCAGUCCCACUUUAUAUCUUCUACCUAAUCAUCUUUCUCCAAAUUUCGAUUUUGAUUUUACAAAUAUAAACGACAACGGACAAAUUCAUAAACGAGGUAAAUUUGAAUACAAACGCCCUUGUGGUUGGAUGAGAAUCGCUCUUAAUGUUCUUGACAAAUAUGAAAAUAAUGAUUGGCUUGUUUCUUAUCAUGGUACUGCCAAACAUAAUUGUAGAUCAAUUGCUGAAGAUGGUUAUGAUUUGAAUAAGUGUAAACGAUUCGCAUUUGGGCAUGGAAUUUAUUCAACACCAGAUAUUGAUGUCGCAUCUAUAUAUGCUACUGAAUUCAUGCAUGAUGGAGACAUAUAUAAAGUUGUAUUUCAAAAUAGAGUUAAUCCAAAUAAUUUAGAGAUAAUUCCAAAGGAAAGAACUGGUGGUGCUGGUGAAUUUUGGAUUUCACCAAGCGAAUCAGACAUUCGUCCUUAUGCUGCAGCAAUUUCAGCUGUUUCAAAAAAAUCGGUUAUCUCUUACGAUGAUUAUAAGAACGGUAAACUUGGAACGAUAAAUUAUUUUGAAUUAGAUCAAAAAGUACUUCAUCAAGCUCAUUUAGUUGGUGGACCAGUGCAAACUUUUGGAGAUGAUGAUUUCGAUGAUGAUCCAAAUAUCGAAUUCGUUCUACCAAAUACAAUUCUUCCUACUGUCACUUAUGUUCCAAAUUCCAUUUUAAUAAAUCAAAAUGCCAUUCAAUCAAUUAUUAAUAACAACAAUCAUCCUGUUCAAUCUUCCGUUCAACCCACCUUAAACCUCUCCAUGAUACCCACCACCACAAUUGUUUCAAAUCCUCCUCCCGAAACAACUAUUGACCGUUCAUCUCGUCAAAUUCAUGUAAGAACCUUGACGGGAUUAACGAUUGAAUUAUACCUAAACAAAUCUAAUACAAUUCAAGACAUAAAAAAUAGAAUUCAAGAAAAGGAAGGCAUACCACCAGACCAGCAACGUCUGAUAUAUGCCGGAAAACAACUUGAAGACGGUCGUACUUUAGAAGAUUAUCUUAUACAAAAUGAUACUACUUUACAUUUGGUAUUAAGAUUAAGAGGUGGAGGUGAUUCUCGUCUUUUCAUUCACUAUAAACAUCUUGACUCUGCAUAUGAUUAUGAUUUCACUUAUGUUAAUGAUAAUGGAAGAACUUUUAUGCGAGGUGACCACGUUUAUCAACGUCCUUGUGGUUGGAAUAGAAUCGCUCUCAAUGUUCUUGACAAAUAUGAUAAUAAUCUUUGGCUUGGGGUAGGCGGUGGUAAGAGAAGAUAUUCCACUGAUUCCGUAAAGGAUGAAUGGCCAGUUUCCUAUCAUGGCACCGCUAAAUAUAACUGUAAUUCUAUUGCUGACGAUGGAUUUCUUUUUAGUAGAGGAAAGCGCUUCAUGUUUGAUCAUGGAAUUUAUUCUUCACCGGAUGUUGAUGUGGCUGCCAAAUAUGCAACUAAAUUUACUUAUGAAGAUAAUAAUUACAGAGUCGUUUUUCAAAAUAGAGUUAAUCCAAAUAAUUUAGUUAAGCUUACUAGUGAAGAAACCGGGGUUGGUGAAUAUUGGAUUAGUCCAAAUGGAGAAGAUUUACGUCCUUAUGGUAUUUGUAUCAAGAAAGAUGAAUAA